AUGACCCUUAAAGGUGGCACAAGCCAGGCUUGCGCUGCUUGCAAGUACCAAAGAAGAAGGUGUACGGCAGAGUGCCUUUUAGCUCCUUACUUCCCACCUGACCAACCAAAGAUUUUUCAGAAUGCCCACAAGCUGUUUGGUGUAAAAAACAUCUUGAAAAUACUCGAAAAGUUGGACCCUGAGCAGAAAGCAGCUGCUAUGUGGUCCAUUAUUUACGAAGCCAAUGAAAGGGACAGAGAUCCUGCCCAUGGUUGCUUGGGGAAGAUCUGUCAGUUGAGAUACCAAAUUUGGCAUUUGGAGCAAGAGCUUCAUUCUGUUCAUACUCACCUCGAGAUUUGUCGCCAACAUCAUCAUCAACAACAACAGAUUUCGUCUAAUAUGCCUCAUCAUGAUCAACAUGUCACGUCUCAGCUAGAGCGUGGCAUGGCGCCGCCUAGUAAUGCGCUCCCGCUUUUGAGUGAUCAUACUACCGCACAGGCUUAUAAUGCCAUGCCUGGUUUGGCUGUGACUCAACAUGAAGCUUACUCUAAUAACACGAAUGAUGCUUAUGACGCAGUUGUUUUUAUGGAUUCUAAGGAUAACAACAAUGUGGGGAAUCCUUUGUGGGCUCAAUAUCCUUACAGUACUACUAAUAACAGUGAAAACAAUAACAACAGCUCAAUGGCUAUUCAGUCCCAGAUGGUGGUUUCGCAGCCGCUGGAUGUGCAGCAACAAGUUGUGCAGGAUUGUGAUGAGAUGCCGUUUUUCAUGGACGACAGACAAUCUUUCGCGGAUUCUAAAGAGGCAUAUGAAUCAAGCUCGGAAGAAUCCGUAUUGAAGGACACAACUCAGUCACUUGAUCCUGUUGCGGAUAUUGAAUUGAAGAAUGCUGCUGCAUGCUUUAGCCUUACCAGUGUGACAGCGGCAACUGAUCAUAAAUGA